AUGUCUGAAACUGGCACUGAAAAUCUGUUCUCCUAUCUUUCCGACGAUGUUGUUCUAAACAUAUUUUUCAAGAUCGAAGAUGAUCCUCGUAACUGGUCUCGUCUCGCUUGCGUUUGUACUAAAUUCUCGAAUAUGAUUCGCACGAUUUGCUGGAAAACCAAAUGCCAUCAGACAAUCCCUUCCGUCGUCUCCGAUCUCCUCCAAUCGAACACUCCAAUCACCUCUUCCAUCUCUCCACCUGGCGGCUGGGCGUCCCUUCACAAGCUUUCCGUUUGCUGCCCUGGCCUCCUCCACUCCGGCGUCCUCCUCGAAAAUUCAGAUCUCGGGCUCGAACGCGAACUAGGUCCAGAUGAAAACUAUCAUGAAACUAAUCUGUUUCAACCGGGUAAAUCCGUAUCAAAUCCUUCUUGUUCUAGAAUUACUGACGAUGAUAAGAUGAAAGAGCUGAAAAGUUCCGUUAACAGCUCUGAUUGUUCUUGGUCUUUGUACGACGAUCUCUACUAUGAUUCUGCUUACGGUAAUGUUUGCCAUAAAUCCGAGGAGGUUUCUGAAGAAGGAACAGAAGGUAACGACGGCAUUGUUGUUGUUGUUGAUUUUGGUGUCUGUAAACGAAGAAAAAUUUGUAGAUCUUCAAGGUCCCAUUUGGCAUCUGGUGCUUGGAAUUUGAGCCGUGAGCAAGGAAAUAAAUUGUUGGCAAGUCGAUUCAGGGGUGAUUGUUUAUACAUUUGUGAUUGGCCUGGUUGUGUGCACAUCGAGGAGAAGCGUAAUUACAUGCUUUUUAGGGGGGUGUUCAAGGAUUUUAAGAGAUCUAGGGUUUGGAGGACGAUUAAAGAUGGGAAUCGCAGCAGAAUUGAUUUGAAUUGUGCUUAUUGUUCUAUUAGUCAAGUGUAUGACUUGCAUGCGGCUUUCUGUUUGCGGCCUGCGUAUGGGUUUCAUGACGAUGGGGAGCCAGUUGUUCGAGCUUAUGUCUGUGAGAAUGGGCAUGUGUCUGGUGCGUGGACCGAUUGGCCCUUAUACACGUAA